ACAUUUGUUAUAAUUUAUGUGUGAGUCCAUAUAUACGAGUAAAGUACUAAACUUACUCUUAUUAGGACUCAUUAUAGCUCAUUCUUAGUCUUAGCUAGGACCAUUUUAGUUUCCAGAGAAGAGAAAAACAUGGCUGAAAAACUACACAUGGCAGUUGGGAUCAUGGGAAAUGCUGCUUCUUUUCUCCUUUUUGCUGCUCCAGUAUUAACAUUUGCAAGGGUGAUAAGGAAGAAAAGCACAGAAGAGUUUUCAUGUGUUCCUUACAUCAUUUCACUCUCAAACUGUCUUAUUUAUACUUGGUACGGAUUUCCUGUUGUAAGUAACAAGUGGGAAAACUUCCCAUUAGUGACCAUCAAUGGCCUUGGGAUUCUUUUCGAGUUCUCCUUCAUUUUCAUAUAUCUCUGGUUUGCAUCAGCUAAAAGAAAGAUAAAGGUAGCUGUUGCAACUAUUUCUGUUGUGACAGCCUUCUGCAUAGUUGCUCUUGUCUCAUCAUUUGCCUUCCAUGAUCAUCACCAUCGAAAGAUUUUCGUCGGCAGUGUAGGCCUGUUCGUCGCCACAGCUAUGUAUGGCUCUCCAUUAGUUGUUGUGAAGCAAGUAAUUUUAACAAAGAGCGUUGAAUUCAUGCCCUUCUACCUGUCCUUUUUCUCUUUCCUUGCUAGUUCACUCUGGUUGGCCUAUGGCGUACUUAGCCAUGAUCUCUUUCUUUCGACACCUAAUAUGCUUGGUUCCCCAUUAGGCUUUCUUCAACUUGUGCUCUACUGCAUAUACAGGAAGAAUAAAGGAGUUACUGAGGAAACAUUGAAAUGGGAUCCUGAGAAGAAUGAUGACAAAACCAAACAGCUUCAGCCACAGCUCUGAAUGAAUGAGAUGACUACUAUCAAUGGAAAAUGUUAAAGCUUAAAAAAAUAUCUACGCGUUAUUAAGGCUUUUAGAAUAUAUUUCUUGCUGUUUUAGUGUCCUGUAUUUGAAAUUAAUAUUAUGUCUGGAUUAAUUCCUUUACAUCCAGUGGAAACAAAUGAAUAUUCCUGUGAAAUCAUGGGAAGUUUAAGCUAUUAUCUUUAUAAUGUAAUGUAAUGUAAUGUAAUCCAGUGCGGAUACAUGUUUUGGGUUAGUCUCACCAGAGAGUUUUUAAUAGUAUAAGUUCUCUAUUUUGGCA